CAUUAGCCUCAAACUUACCGUGUUAACUAGCAUUACCUGCUUUCUGGAAUAACCCCCUGGAUAGAGGCGGGGUUAACCCAGACAGCUCAGCAGCCUAUAACAGCAUCUCAAACACACAACAGACGUACCGCUGAACUAUUAUAUUUCUGCACUGUAGAGGAAUCUGGAGAGACGCACACAUGAACCGAGAGAACAUGAAAGAACGCCAGUGGGAUUUGAACCUUCUUUUGCUAACCACUACACCACCAUGUAGCCCUGCUGAAACUCCCAUUAAUCACAUGUCAAUCAAAUUGAUUAGCAGAGUUUCUCAGAGUUCCCUCUGGCUAUCAACAACCAAAAUGAGGAACCCAGCAGUUCCUGGUUCCCAAACCCAGAACCUCCAUCUUUCAGACCAAAGUCCCUGAAAGUGUUGGAACGUCUGCCCUGUUAGGAGCUGCUGCCCCCGGUGGGGGCUUAGGGUUCCUUACAGUGUCAGUUCUGGUCCAGUGGACCGGGUGGAGGUAAAGGUCUGCUCUCUGACUGCAGCUAAUCCAGAACAAGCCUGUGCUGCAUAAUCUGGUCUAAUCCAGUAAUCUGUCCCUCCCCCACGGUGCCGGUCUCAGACCUCAGUCAGCUCUGACCUGCAGGGAUGGAGGGUGCCGCUCUGGGGGAGUUCCUGGUUGUGCCGUGGCCCGGUACCGCAGACUGGACUGUCUGGGAGGGUCUUUGGAUGAAGUGUGGAGCAGCACUUGGGUUCUCUCUGAUCUGCGUGGCGGCGCUCAGAAGGUGGAUAGGGGGAGGUGUUUGUCGCUGCACCAUCCGUCUGGAUGGAAAGACGGUUCUGGUGACAGGGGCAAACAGUGGCAUUGGGAAGGAGACCAGCAGGGAUCUGGCGCGCAGAGGGGCCCGGGUGGUCAUGGCGUGCCGGGACCUGAGUCGGGCGGUGCAAGCAGCAGAAGAGAUCAGGAAGUCCACAGGAAACGGGAAUGUGGUCGUCAGGCACCUGGACCUGGCGUCGCUGUACUCUGUCAGAACCUUUGCCAAAGAGUUUCUGGACACCGAGGAUAGACUGGACAUCCUCAUCAACAACGCAGGAGUCAUGAUGUGUCCAAAACGGCUGACGGAGGAUGGGUUCGAAACGCAGCUGGCUGUCAAUCACCUGGGUCACUUUCUGCUGACCAAUCUGCUGCUGCCGAAAUUGAGAAGCUCCUCCCCCAGCCGCGUGGUCAAUGUAUCAUCCAUUGCCCACAGGGGGGGUCGCAUCGACUUUGACGACCUUUUCUUCAGCCGGCGGCCGUAUGGCGCUCUGGAGAGUUACAGGCAGAGCAAGCUGGCCAACAUCCUGUUCACUCGGGAUCUGGCACGCCGGCUCAAAGGCUCAGGUGUAUCGGCCUUCUGUCUCCACCCGGGCGUCAUCCGCACCGAGCUGGGUCGUCAUGUGGAGAGCUGGUUCCCCCUGCUGGGGGCGCUGCUGAGGCUCCCCGCCCUGCUGCUCAUGAAGACGCCAUGGCAGGGCUGCCAGACCACCCUGUUCUGUGCCGUGACCCCGGGUCUGGAGGAUCGGUCCGGAUGCUACUUCAGUGACUGUGAGGAGAGGGAGGCGGCCCCAGAGGGGCGGGACGACGAGGCGGCGAGGAGGCUGUGGGACGCCAGCGCCCGGCUGGUCCGACUAGGAGACAUUUCCAGCGUCAGUCAGGACCAGACAGAGUCACACAGGUGAAGCUUUGGAUGGAAGCAGCUCGGCUUCACCGUCCAGGAGUCACUUUCCCGCCACGUUCCCACGGUUCUCCUGAUGCGGUUCCAGCAGAAGACGCCGUCUUUGUUCUCGGGUGGACUCCUCCUUCCAAGAUCAAAAGAGUCUUUUUGAAAUGGAAUAAAAAAAUUCACAACAAA